UGAAGACAGGCAUGGUGGAUAAGUAUGCAUCCAACUUGUUGGAAACGCUGCUGACUGGCGAAGCUAGACUCGGUGCACGUGACACUGGCAGACACAGAAGGUCGAGCCCAGCUGGUGAAGAAGCGAUCCUAGCGGGCGUGGGUGCACUGCAGAUCGGGCAGCAUCGCGGCGCCGAACAGGAUCGGCGUUUCCAUGACGACCCGACUCGGAAGGCUCGGUGCCCGAAGAUCCGGACUGGGAACAAAGCUGACGUCUACGGACCCAAGCGAGUCAUUGCUGUGAAUCCUGGUCUUCGCACCCAUUUGGAUGGAACUCGGUACUGGUCAGGGAGCCAGCGUUAAACCGGGUGUCGACGUCGGACGACUCAGACCAUUACCAACUCGGUCCAGUUAACUCGGCCCAACACCCUGGUCAACUCGGCCCAAUAUCGGAGGCAGAUUUAAUAGAUGGCCGAGUUGACCAGCGCGGUGGUCCGAGUUAACCAGACUUGCGAUGGGCCGAGUUGGUAAUGGUCCGAGUCGUCCUGACUCCCUGCGCUAAACCCAGCAGCCGUUAGGGGUCGCUUUUGCGUCACUCAGUGUGUUCAUGUCGUCCUCAUAUACUAGUACAUAUUUGGUGGAUAUACAUACUUACAUACAUAUUAAAUAUAAACACAUAAGAAUUGUGUACUACAUUAAGAAAAGUCUUUAGCUCUUCCCCAAAUCCUGUUAUUGACAAGAAUGUACGUACUUCAUUUAGAACUAUAUUUUGUUGGCUGUAAUGUUGAAAUUUUUCGUUUUUGUUUGUAUGGCUAGUCCCUCAAGUUGAAUAAAAUAACACUCAUGCAAGU